ACUUCCUCUGCGCUGGUGACUGGUCAUGUGAUAGGAGAGGUUUUCGUCGUGUAGCAGAAGUGAGCGCAGAAGUUGUCUUUAAAGUUUGAUAAUUGCUGACAAAUCUUCUUUUUCGCAAAUCUAAACAUGGCGGAGCUAAGUUUUGUUAUUUCCAUGUGUGUAAUGACUCUGUUUUGGGGGAUCGUCGGCGGAGUUGUACCUUGGUUCAUCCCCAAAGGACCGAACAGAGGGGUUAUUGUCACAAUGCUGGUUCUAACUUCUGUCUGCUGCUAUCUGUUCUGGCUUAUUGCAAUUUUGGCUCAACUAAAUCCACUCUUUGGACCUGCCCUGCGGACCGAUAUCAUCAUGUAUCUCAGUUAUCGCUGGCCGUAGAACAUAGAGGAUAGAAAGGUCUGGUACUGGCAGAAACCUUUUCAUCAUUCCAACUGUGCAGCCUUCAAUAAGGAUUUAUUUGUUGUGCCUUAAAUUUAUAUCCAGAAAACUGAGGCCUUAUCUCAUCGAAUGUGCUUUACAUUUGUGGAACGCAACCGACACUUUGGAAUAAGACACUGCUGUGUAUGUGUGUAUUGUUGUUAAUAUAAAUUAAAAGUUGUGACUUGUUGCUGUAAUGUACUAUAUGUGACCCUUUCAAAUGUGUACCUGCUUAGAAUGGACUCAUUGUGAUUUGUUUGUAAACUAAUAAACACAUGAAAACGUG